AUGAAGCUGAAGGUGUAUGCGGACCGCAUGUCCCAGCCAUCCCGCGCGAUUCUCAUCUUUUGCAAAGUCAAUGGAAUAGAAUUUGAGGAGAUCCAUAUCGAACUUUCCAAACGUCAGCAUCUAUCUCCAGAAUUUCAAGCGAUUAACCCUUUGAAGAAAGUUCCUGCUAUUGUUGAUGGAAGGUACAAGCUAUUCGAGAGUCAUGCAAUUCUUAUCUAUAUUGCUUCUGCAUUUCCUGGAGUUGCAAACCAUUGGUACCCAGCUGAUGCUUCGAGGAAAGCUAAAAUCCACUCAGUGUUAGAUUGGCAUCACCAGAAUUUGCGCCGCGGAGCAGCCGGAUAUGUUCUAAAUACUGUAUUAGCUCCAUUAUUGGGUCUACCACUAAACGCACAAGCAGCUGCUGAAGCCGAGAAAGUUUUGGUAUCAUCUCUGUCCACAAUAGAAAAUAUUUGGCUUAACGGUGACGGACCGUUCUUGCUUGGCAGCUUUCGACCUUCCAUAGCAGAUCUCAGCCUUGUCUGUGAAAUUAUGCAGUUACAGCUUUUAGACGAGAAGGAUCAUGAUCGUAUUAUUGGCCCGUACAAGAAAGUUCAACUGUGGAUUGAGAGCACAAAAAAUGCAACGAAGCCACAUUUUGAUGAAGUUCAUAAUGUCCUCUAUAAGCUUAAAGCGAGGCUUUCAGCACAGCAAUCUAGUAAAGCAGAUGGCCAAAUUAAAUCUGGGAUUAAAGCUCCCAUAUUUUCCAAGAUGUGA